CGCCCGGCGCCCCGCGCCCCGCGCCGGCGGAGGGAGGGAGGUAGCGGGCCGGAGGCGCCUCCUCCCGGGGCGGGAGCCAAUGAGAAGUAGCCGCCGGGCGCCAGGGGGGAGAAAACUUUCCCGGUGCCUGCUGGAAGCGAACUGAGCAAUUAUCUAGUUUACCUUCUGCGCUCGGAAGUUAACGAUUGGCGGGGCCGCGGCUGCGCUAUUGACACAACACGUCCUAUUGAUAGAAAUAAGUAGCGAUUGUCCCCGAGUCACUGGAGCGCCGGAGCAAGCCGCGAUGGGCUGGCACGAGGCCCCUGGGCCGGGGAGGCUGGUUCCGCCGGCGGCGGCUCCGGUGACGGCGGCGGCGAGGAUGCUGCUCUCCCUCCUCGCAGAUCAGUGACAGGAGAAGGGGGAGGGGGGGGGGGAAGAGGCGUCUACCAAAGCGGCGCAGCCCGGCGAGCAAAUGCGAUCCAGCCAUGGACAAUAGUGGCCAGCACACGGCGACCAAACUCCUAGCGCCUGCUCCAGCCAGAGACAGCCUGUCCGCCCGGAGCAACAUGAUCAGCACUUCCAAGCCGCUCGCCUUCUCCAUCGAGCGCAUCAUGGCCAGGACCCCGGAGCCCAAGGCCAUCCCCGUGCCCCACUUCCUCCAGGGCUCCGGGCCCAAGGGGGACCCCAAGCACGCGCUGCACCUCAACUCCUCCAUCCCCUGCAUGAUCCCCUUCGUGCCGGUAGCCUACGACCCGCUGGCCAAGGCGGCGGGCGGCGGGCCGGAGCCGAGGAAGGCGCACUUGGACUCCUCUUCCCCGGCCUCCUUCAGCUGCGGCGAGCUCUUGAACUGCGCCCUGAGCCUGAAGGGCGACUUCUCCCGCGAGGCGCUGCCCCUGCAGCAGUACAAGCUGGUCCGGCCCCGCGUGGUCAACCACUCCUCCUUCCACGCCAUGGGCGCCCUCUGCUACUUCAACCGCGGCGACGGGCCGUGCCACCCCUCCUCCGGCGUCAACAUCCACCCCGUGGCCUCCUACUUCCUCAGCUCGCCCCUGCAGCCGCCGCCCAAGGCGUACCUGGCCGAGCGCAACAAGCUGGUGCUGCCGGGCGCGGACAAGUACCCCGCAGGGGUCGCCUUCAAGGACCUCUCGCAGGCGCAGCUGCAGCACUACAUGAAGGAAAGCGCCCAGAUCCUCUCGGAAAAGAUCUCCUUCAAGGGCUCGGAGUUCGGGCGCAGCUCGCCCAGCAGCAAGCCCAAAGUCUUCACGUGCGAGGUCUGCGGCAAGGUGUUCAACGCACAUUACAACUUAACCCGCCACAUGCCGGUGCACACGGGGGCCCGGCCCUUUGUCUGCAAAGUUUGCGGCAAGGGCUUCCGCCAGGCCAGCACGCUCUGCCGGCACAAGAUCAUACACACGCAGGAAAAACCUCACAAGUGCAACCAGUGCGGCAAAGCCUUCAACCGCAGCUCCACUUUAAACACGCACACGCGAAUACACGCCGGCUACAAGCCUUUCGUCUGCGAGUUCUGCGGCAAGGGCUUUCAUCAGAAAGGCAAUUACAAGAACCACAAGCUGACCCACAGCGGGGAGAAGCAGUUCAAGUGCAAUAUCUGCAACAAGGCUUUCCACCAGGUGUACAACCUGACCUUCCACAUGCACACCCACAACGACAAGAAGCCCUUCACGUGCCCCACCUGCGGCAAGGGCUUCUGCAGGAACUUUGAUCUCAAGAAGCACGUCCGCAAGCUGCACGACAGCGCCCUGGGACUGCCCAGAGCCCCCGCCGAGCUGGGGCCCGACCAGCCGCCCGCAGCCCUGCAGCCGCCGGGCUCCCUGCUGCAGCCGCCGCUCCACCAGCCCCAGCCGUGAGGGCAGCACGGCCCGGAGCUCCUCCGCCUCUUUGCAUGCACCUGUUAAGCGGUUUUGUGUAUUAUGCUCUAUAUCGCCACUAACAUUUACGGGGCUGAUCGUUUCCUUCUCUUUGUUUUGUUUUGGGUUUUUUUCCCCCCCUCCUAUUUUUUUUUUUUUUUUUUUAAAGACUCGAUUCCCCCCCGCUCCUCCCCUCCCCUUUGACAUCUCAGGUUUGGAGAUGGUUUUAAAAGCAAAAAGCCAAGCCAAUUUCUGCUGUAUUUAUUGGGAUCUGUAUUAUCCGAGCCGGGAAUGCUGCACCACUUUAAUUAUUUCGAUGUGUAUAUAUUUCCAUUGUGUUGAUUCACAUGCCUGCUGGUUGUCCCUUCUUGAUUUCCUCCCCCGUUCUUCCCCCUCUUGAAUAUCGUAUCUCUAUGGACAGAGCUGGUUCACUAUGUACGGAGUUGAGUCUUGCACGUGAAACAUUGAAUGCGUUGACCUGGUGGAAAAAAAAUAAAUACUCGGAACACGA